AGUCGCGAUGUCGGUUCUCCAUGCAGCGGAAACCCGUAAUGCGUCAUCUAUUUUCCGUGAGAUAAACGCUGAAGACGAGGAGCAGCAGCCGGCGGAGAUAGAGUCUCUGUGCAUGAACUGCUACCAGAACGGAGUUACACGAUUACUGCUAACCAAGGUGCCAUUUUUCAAGGAGAUCAUCAUCAGUUCGUUCUCGUGUGACGCGUGUUCAUGGAGCAACACAGAAAUCCAGUCUGCUGGGCGUAUACAGGAGCAAGGUGUCCGAUACACGCUCAGCGUACGAAGCAAACAGGAUGUGAACCGUGAGGUAGUGAAAACAGACUAUGCAACAACACGGAUACCUGAACUGGAUUUCGAAAUUCCUGCGUGCACGCAAAAAGGAGCACUCAGUACAAUUGAAGGAAUCCUGGAAAGAACCAUUGUGGGUCUGGAACAGGAGCAACCAUUGCGCAGGGCUGAGGAUGAGUCAGUCGCGAAUAAAAUUGAUGAAUUCAUCACAAAGCUGAAAAGUCUAAAAGAAGGGGACACCCACUUCACUUUUAUCCUUGAUGACCCUUCUGGGAACAGCUUUGUGGAGAACCCUCUUGCCCCCCAGAAGGAUGAGGCACUCGCGGUUACUCAUUACAAGAGGACCCCGGAGCAGGACACCCUGCUGGGACUUGAGAGCACCGUCCUUCAGGAAGACUCUAAAGAGAGACCAGAAGCUGGAGCAGAAGAGCUGAGAGACGAGGUCCUGCAAUUCCACACCAAUUGCCCAGAAUGCAAUGCUCCUGCAGCCACCAACAUGAAACUAGUGCAAAUUCCUCACUUCAAGGAAGUCAUUAUUAUGGCUACAAACUGUGAUGCCUGUGGUCACCGAACUAAUGAGGUUAAAUCAGGAGGGGCUAUCGAACCACGUGGCACUAAAAUCACCUUGAAUAUUACUGAUCCAUCUGACCUUGCUAGGGACGUCCUAAAAUCUGAAACCUGCGGUGUAAUCAUACCUGAGUUGGAGUUUGAGUUGGGAAUGGGAGCACUGGGUGGUAAAUUCACCACUUUGGAAGGUCUCCUGAAGGAUGUCAAAGAUUUGGUUGUUGAUAAAAAUCCGUUCACUCUCGGUGACAGCUCAACGUCAGAUAGGAAGACAAAGCUUCAGGAAUUUGGAAAGAAAAUUGACGGGAUUCUAGAGGGACAGCUAAAAGCCCACCUAAUUUUGGAUGAUCCUGCUGGGAACAGCUACCUACAGAAUGUAUAUGCUCCUGAGCAGGAUCCAGAGAUGACCAUAGAAAGCUAUGAGAGGACAUUUGAACAGAAUGAAGACCUGGGGCUUAAUGACAUGAAAACAGAGGGAUAUGAUCAGAAUGAAUGUUAAGUACACCUCUUGGGACUCGGACAUCAUGUCCAAGGAACACCAAACCAGAAGAACGUCUGAGGUUUCUCUUGUUGGUUUCAAUGAGUUCUCAGCUGAAUUGACUACAAAUGUGACCUGGUUAGCAUGGGAUAUCUUGGAAAAGGAAAGGACUUGGCACCUCUGCAGAGUGUCACACAAAGUAUAAUUCUGCAAGUGUGUCCCGUUCUUAAUAGUUGUGCUAAAAAUGACUGUUCUUUAAAGAGCAACCUGAGCGUUGGAAAGGCUUUUCUGAAAACCUGCACAGUCAAGUGAGUUUUGAAGACCUGACUAGGGACCGCAGCUUUAUAGCUCAUUUUGAGAAGGCCAUCAUGGGCCAUUUUUUAUGUUAACACAAUUUGUUCUGAAUGUUCUUCAGUGUAAAACAAAUCUGUUAUACACAGGCAAGGAAAACACCUUCCCUAUUUUGGUAUAUAGAUGCUGCAGUGAAAAUAUAGCGCAUGUGUACGCUCAAGACAGCAGAUCACACCUGAAUCUCUAGAACAUUGGAACUUUCUCUAUACUUUGGCAGAAUGGUAAAUGUUAAACUGCAGUAGACGAUAGAAAAGCCAAGUAUUUUCAAUUGUAUUUUCUUAUUCAAAUUUAUGAAUGUGUGUUUUAUUUAUAAUGUUGCCAUCUCAGGAACAUUUAUCUGCUAUGCUUAAGACUGUUGCAUGCAGACUUUCUGCCUAAAAUAAUUAAAAAUAAAUCCGUAAUAUGUCUGACAUUGCAGAGGUGAUAUGCAAUGUGUCCAGCAGUAAUCCUGGUUUGGCUUGGUGGGGUUAUGUUAGGACAGGAACGCUAUAAAUGUUAGCUGUAGUAUUCUUGUUUUUUCUUUUCAUACCUGUCCAAAUAAAAUGCAGAUCUUACCUAA